CUUUAAAGAUUAUAAAAAGUUUACAUAUUUAGUAAUUUCUCUGCAUAUGGCUAUUAUUCCUUUUAAUUGGAUCUUUAACCUUUUGUUUUUGUAUUACAGUUGUUUUUAAGAGAAAUGAAUAGAAAAUAACCCAUUUUGAGGAAGCCAUGGCAAAAUCAAAUACAAAACACAGACUUGGUUCUCGGGAAUCUUCAGUAUCUUCUCUGUUAGCAAGCUGCAGCCUGAGUAGUAGUAAUUCCUCUAACUCUGUUGGCUCUUUUCAGUAUAAGGAUAAACUGUACAAUUCUGCAUCUCAGGCUCUACAGGCCUAUAUUGAUGAUUUUGAUCUAAGCCAAAUGUAUCCUGGUGCAAGCACUGGAAAGAUUAACAUUGGUAAAUGUUCUGCUAAUAUGCCAGAAUUCUCCAGCUAUACUUAUAAACCAGACAAUGCUUUUGAAAAUCUCGAUCACAAAAAAAGCUCCUUGUCCUUAUCCUAUAGAAGACAGACUAUUAAUGACAUAGACUCCAUUAGCCUAACUACUGAUGAUCUAUUAAAACUUCCAGCAGAUGGAUCAUUUUCUUUCACCUAUGUUGGACCAGGUCACCGAAUUAGCAAGAAAAACAAGAAAUGCAUUCGGAGACUGAGUUCAUUGGACACUGAAAGGAAGCAGAAUUUUCAAGAACCCACCACUCCCAUGGACAAGGAUAACUUAGCUACUCCUAUUGUAUACACAAAUAUAAAUGGAAAGCGAUGUGGUAGGCUAAAAAACCCAAAGUUUGUGAAUAAGACUAAUAAAUGCGUUUCUGAACCAUCUUUAUCUUUUUUCAAGAAAUCGUCUUUCAAGGACAAUUCAGAACACAAUCUGCAAAAGAAUUACCCAAGAUGGCUCACUAGCCAGAAAUCUGACCUUAAUGUUUCAGGGAUAACUAGUAUACCUGAUUUCAAAUACCCAGUCUGGCUCCACAAUCAAGACUUGCUACCUGAUACAAAUAGUCAAAAGAUUUAUAAAAAAUUUGAAGAAGAUCAACGUUCCACUAGACAUAGUUACCAGGCCCAAAGAACUUCUCGGCUUAUGAAUAAAUUAGAUUGUUUUGAAUAUUCGUUUGAACCCUCAAACACUUCAGAGUCUUUGAGUGAUGAUAAAGGAUUAGUUAAUGAAUAUAAAUGUGAUUUUGAACAAUGUCAGUGUGCGAAUCCACUUCUCCCAGGACAAUCCAAAAAGCCAUUCAGCGGUGACAAAAUUGAAUUGCUUAUCUUGAAGGCCAAGAGAAAUCUAGAGCAUUGUGCAGAAGAAUUACCGAAGUCUAUGAAAAAGGAUGACAGUCCUUGUUCAUUAGAUAAACUUGAAGCAGAAAGAUCAUGGGAAAAUAUUCCUGUUACUUUCAAAUCCCCUGUUCCUGUUAACUCUGAUGAUAGUCCUGAACAAACUUCAAGGGCAAAGUGUGCUAAAGGGUUCCUUGAAGACUUUUUAAAUAAUGAUAAUCAGAGCUGUACCCUUUCUGGAGGAAAACAUCAUGGUCCUGUUGAAGCCCUGAAACAAAUGUUAUUUAAUCUUCAAGCAGUACAAGAAAGUUUUAAUCAGAAUAAAACCACAGAGCCGAAAGAAGAAAUUAAGCAAGUUUCAGAAGAUGAUCUCUCUAAAUUACAAUUGAAGGAAAGUAUGGUUCCUAUUACUAGGUCACUUCAAAAGGCUUUGCACCAUUUAUCUCGCCUGAGAGACCUGGUUGAUGAUACCAGUGGAAAACAGUCACCGAAAAUGUGAAGAGGAAAAUAAAACAGUCUAACCAAUAAAUAGACACCACAGAACAAAAAUGUUUAUUUUUUUCUAUUCCUGAAACUGACAAAGUAAUUAUAAGCCAUACAUUAUACUGUAAUUGGUUCAAGUAUUAUAUAUUUUUUAAAAAACCAAACUUGAAAAUGUCCAUGGGUUUUGUGACCUAAUCUCAUUUUGUGCCAGAAUACCAGAAUGUGAACUGGAAGGACCCACACUGUGUCCUAUAGCCUGACUUUGGUCUUCAGGCCAGCAAAUGUCUAAUACUCAAAGAUGGAUGAUUUCUGUUCUUGAAGCUUAUGUGGACUUAAACCUUCUUCAGCAUCCUUAUCAUUUUAUCAUCUGGUUCUGGAUCAUUAAGAAACUCUUCCUGAUUUCUACCCAAAAUUUCUUAAAUAGACUUUUUGAUAAAGUUAGCAUCCAUUUUAAGGAGCUUAAAGAAAUAUCAAAAUUGUUAUGGUCUAUCUUAUCCAUAUGGAAGUCUGUUACUUUUAAGUUUUCAUAAAUCAAAUACUUAAGCUGUGUUGUAUUUGCAAAUAACAGUAAUUUAAUAGUGGGGUGAUGCCAAAAGGAAUGUUUUAUGUUGUGAAAAUCCAAGAGAACCUCAUUUAAUUAAUGCUUUGAUUCUGUGUAAGAUAAUCUUGAUAAUACUUGACAAUUUACAGAACAUUUUGGGAGAGGAUAUUUGAGAAUUUAAUAUUUUCAUAUUAGAUUAUUUCCCAGAUUUUAGUUUUGGGGUUAGCUCAAACUAGUAAGAACUGAGAUCAGUGGCCAAUUGCUUUAUGAAAUUUGAUAA